AUGAGACUACUCAAGAAGGGCGGGGAUCUCUCUUUCAUGGCAUUGUUUGCCCCUUCUCUCUUCCUUCUUCAAACAACUUCCCCAAACUUUCUCCUCAUGUUGGGCUAGAUGUGGAGACAUCAAGGUAGACCUACAUUGGUAGACUCCACCGGAUCCCCUGAUGUGUAGAAGGGUUCUGAAGAUCUAACCAGCUUAGGAAGUACUUUCAGGUGACAUUUCAUGAUGUUAAUCUUGGAUGAGUUCCGAAAAUGUCUCCUGAGUAUGUCAAGAGAUACAGAAAUUUGAUCCAUCUAUUUUACUCUACGAAGUCAUAAUUUAUUACUGGUGAUACUGACUGUCAUAAGCGUCAGAAGGGAAUUCGUGUUGCAUGGAUAAGUCCUCCAAGCACGUUUAGAGAUUUCAUUCCUGCUAGAAAUUCACUCUUAAAAAAAAAUAAAAAUCUGAUGAGGAAUUUAUCUCUAUCCGAUAGCUCUAAGUAUUGAAUUCUUCUAAGAAUUUAUUGGAUCAAAGUACCAUUGGAUUUUAUAUGUGGAUAAUAAGUUAUGCCUGGGAUAUGUAUAACGGAAUGACGGAUGAAAAUGCAUUCAUUUCUCGGAUUUUUCUUAACGUUGCUGAUAGUAUCUGUCAGUCGCGCAACAGAACAGCUUUCAGAUUUGCCACUACCUUGCAGAACCACGUCAAGCGAAAUACAAAGAGACAGACUAUGGCUUGUGGCACAAGCUCUGAACACUACUGCAGUCGAUGUGAGAUGGCACUCUCAACCUCCUGUCACCUACAUCGACCUAUCCUGCACCAAGGUGGAGGACAACAAAGUAGUAUACAAGAACAGAGAAGAAGGAAAAGGUCACACUAUUCUUGGCGGGUUACUAGAGGGCGCACUUUAUCACAUUAUCAUCAGAUCGAGAGAUAGCAUAGGAAAAGUGUCUUCAGUAUCUGUUAUCGUAAGCACAGAAUGCUCAGACAAUGUAUUUUAUGCUGGGAGAAAACUCCAGCAAAGUGUGGCUGAAACUACUGGAGAAUCGACAACUUUAGAGGAAACUACAUUGUAUAUGUAUGUUGAAACCACUACAGGUAGUGAAACAACACAAAGAACUAGCUCAAUAUCAGUGCAGAAUUCUGAGACAACCGCAGCUGAAACAACUAUUGUAGAUGAGACUGUUGAAGACGGUCAGUUGGCAACUUCAGAGACUGUAACCCAAUUAGAAACAACUCUAUCUGCAAAUGUUACUAGUAGUGUCGUAUUUGAAACCAAAUCUAGUGUUAGUACAUUGCAAGAAACAACUGAGUCAGUUACUAGUGAACCUCUGACCUUUGAAGGAACAUCAAAUGCAAUUUCAACUUCAGGAUUGACAAUACCCAGGUUUAGUACUGAAGCAGAAAGAACAGACUCAGCAACAAGUGAAUCAUUGACCUCUGAUGUAACAUCAAGUGCUAUUUCUACAUCAGGAUCGACAACUUCUAGUCUUAGUACUCGAGCAGAAACAACUGAGGUUGCAACGAGUGAAUCAUUGACACUUGAAGUUACAUCAAAGGCAAUUCCAACUUCAGGAUUCACAACUCCCAUUGUGGGCACUGUAGCAGAAACAACUGAGUCAGCUACAAGUGAAUCAUUGACAUCUGAAGUAACAUCAAAGGCUAUAUCUACAUCAGAAACCAUAAUUUCUAGUCUUAGUACCCAAGCAGAAACAACUGAGUCAGCAACAAGCGAAUUGUUGUCAUCUGGUGUAACAUCAAGUGCUAUUCCUUCAUCAGGAACUAUAACUUCUGGUCUCAGUACUCAAGCAGAAACAACUGAGGUUGCAACAAGUGAAUCACUGACCUCUGAUGUAACAUCAAAUGCUAUUUCUACAUCACAAUCCACUAAUCCUGGCGUGAGUACAGAAGGAGAAACAAUUGAGUCAACAACAAGUGAAUAUCUUGCAUCUGAUGUAACAUCAAAUGCUAUUUCAACUUCGGGAUCCACUACUCCUAGUGUGAGUACUGCAGGAGGAACAACUGAGUUAGCUACAAGUGAAUCAUUGACUGCUGAAGUAACAUCAAAGGCUAUUCCUUCAUCAAGAACUAUAACUUCUGGUCUCAGUACUCAAGCAGAAACAACUGAGGUUGCAACAAGUGAAUCACUGACCUCUGAUGUAACAUCAAAUGCUAUUUCUUCAUCAGGAACUAUAACGUCUGGUCUUAGUACUCAAGCAGAAACAACUGAGUCAGCAACAAGUGAAUCUCUUACAUCUGAUGUAACAUCAAACACUAUUUCUUCAUCAGGAACUAUAACUUCUGGUCUUAGUACGCAAGCAGAAACAACUGAGUCAGCAACAAGUGAAUCUCUUACAUCUGAUGUAACAUCAAACACUAUUUCUUCAUCAGGAACUAUAACAUCUGGUCUUAGUACGCAAGCAGAAACAACUGAGUCAGCUACAAGUGAAUCUCUUACAUCUGAUGUAACAUCAAAUGCUAUUUCAACUUCGGGAACUAUAACUUCUGGUCUUAGUACGCAAGCAGAAACAACUGAGUCAGCAACAAGUGAAACUUUUAGUACUGAAGUAACAUUAAAGCCAAUUUCAACUUCUGGAUUCACAACAUCAGGCACUGGAGCAGAAACAACCGAGUUAGCUACAAGUGAAUCAUUGACUUCUGAUGUAACAUCAAACACUAUUUCUUCAUCAGGAACUAUAACUUCUGGUCUUAGUACGCAAGCAGAAACAACUGAGUCAGCAACAAGUGAAUCUCUUACAUCUGAUGUAACAUCAAACACUAUUUCUUCAUCAGGAACUAUAACAUCUGGUCUUAGUACGCAAGCAGAAACAACUGAGUCAGCAACAAGUGAAUCUCUUACAUCUGAUGUAACAUCAAAUGCUAUUUCAACUUCGGGAACUAUAACUUCUGGUCUUAGUACGCAAGCAGAAACAACUGAGUCAGCAACAAGUGAAUCUCUUACUACUGAAGUAACAUUAAAGCCAAUUUCAACUUCUGGAUUCACAACAUCAGGCACUGGAGCAGAAACAACCGAGUUAGCUACAAGUGAAUCAUUGACUUCUGAUGUAACAUCAAACAUUAUUUCUUCAUCAGGAACUAUAGCUUCUGGUCUUAGUACUCAAGCAGAAACAACUGAGUCAGCAAAAGGUGAAUCACUGACCUCUGAUGUAACAUCAAAUGCUCUUUCUACACCACAAUCCACUAAUCCUAGUGUGAGUACAGAAGGAGAAACAACUGAGUCAGUAACAAGUGAGUCUCUUACAUCUGAUGUAACAUCAAAUGCUAUUUCAACUUCGGGAUCCACUACUCCCAGUGUGAGUACUGCAGGAGGAACAACUGAGUCAGCAGCAAGUGAAACUUUUAGUACUGAAGUAACAUUAAAGCCAAUUUCAACUUCUGGAUUCACAACAUCAGGCACUGGAGCAGAAACAACCGAGUUAGCUACAAGUGAAUCAUUGACUUCUGAUGUAACAUCAAACACUAUUUCUUCAUCAGGAACUAUAGCUUCUGGUCUUAGUACUCAAGCAGAAACAACUGAGUCAGCAAAAGGUGAAUCACUGACCUCUGAUGUAACAUCAAAUGCUCUUUCUACACCACAAUCCACUAAUCCUAGUGUGAGUACAGAAGGAGAAACAACUGAGUCAGUAACAAGUGAGUCUCUUACAUCUGAUGUAACAUCAAAUGCUAUUUCAACUUCGGGAUCCACUAUUCCUAGUGUGAGUACUGCAGGAGGAACAACUGAGUCAGCAAGUAAAUCUUUUAGUACUGAAGUAAUAUCAAAGUCAUUUUCAACUUCUGGAUUCACAACAUCGAGCACUGGAGCAGAAACAACCGAUUUAGCUUCAAGUGAAACAUUGACUACUGAAGUAACAUCAAAGGCUCUUUCUACAUCAGGAUUGACAACAUCUAGUCGCAGUACACGAGCAGAAACAACUGAGGUUGCAAUAAGUGAAUAUCAGACACCUGAAGUAACAUCAAAGACCAUUUCUACAUCAGGAUUGACAACUUCUAGUCUUAGUACUCAAGCAGAAACAACUGGGUUUGCAACAAGUGAAUCACUGACAUCUGAUGUAACAUCAAACGCUAUUUCUUCAUCAGGAACUAUAACGUCUGGUCUUAGUACUCAAGCAGAAACAACUGAGUCAGCAACAAGUGAAUCUCUUACAUCUGAUGUAACAUCAAACACUAUUUCUUCAUCAGGAACUAUAACUUCUGGUCUUAGUACGCAAGCAGAAACAACUGAGUCAGCAACAAGUGAAUCUCUUACAUCUGAUGUAACAUCAAAUGCUAUUUCAACUUCGGGAUCCACUACUCCCAGUGUGAGUACUGCAGGAGGAACAACUGAGUCAGCAGCAAGUGAAACUUUUAGUACUGAAGUGACAUCAAAGUCAAUUUCAACUUCUGGAUUCACAACAUCAAGCACUGGAGCAGAAACAACCGAGUUAGCUACAAGUGAAUCAUUGACUUCUGAUGUAACAUCAAACAUUAUUUCUUCAUCAGGAACUAUAGCUUCUGGUCUUAGUACUCAAGCAGAAACAACUGAGUCAGCAACAAGUGAAUCACUGACCUCUGAUGUAACAUCAAAUGCUCUUUCUACACCACAAUCCACUAAUCCUAGUGUGAGUACAGAAGGAGAAACAACUGAGUCAGUAACAAGUGAGUCUCUUACAUCUGAUGUAACAUCAAAUGCUAUUUCAACUUCGGGAUCCACUAUUCCUAGUGUGAGUACUGCAGGAGGAACAACUGAGUCAGCAAGUAAAUCUUUUAGUACUGAAGUAAUAUCAAAGUCAUUUUCAACUUCUGGAUUCACAACAUCGAGCACUGGAGCAGAAACAACCGAUUUAGCUUCAAGUGAAACAUUGACUACUGAAGUAACAUCAAAGGCUCUUUCUACAUCAGGAUUGACAACAUCUAGUCGCAGUACACGAGCAGAAACAACUGAGGUUGCAAUAAGUGAAUAUCUGACACCUGAAGUAACAUCAAAGGCCAUUUCUACAUCAGGAUUGACAACUUCUAGUCUUAGUACUCAAGCAGAAACAACUGGGUUUGCAACAAGUGAAUCACUGACAUCUGAUGUAACAUCAAACGCUAUUUCUUCAUCAGGAACUAUAACGUCUGGUCUUAGUACUCAAGCAGAAACAACUGAGUCAGCAACAAGUGAAUCUCUUACAUCUGAUGUAACAUCAAACACUAUUUCUUCAUCAGGAACUAUAACUUCUGGUCUUAGUACGCAAGCAGAAACAACUGAGUCAGCAACAAGUGAAUCUCUUACAUCUGAUGUAACAUCAAAUGCUAUUUCAACUUCGGGAUCCACUACUCCCAGUGUGAGUACUGCAGGAGGAACAACUGAGUCAGCAGCAAGUGAAACUUUUAGUACUGAAGUGACAUCAAAGUCAAUUUCAACUUCUGGAUUCACAACAUCAAGCACUGGAGCAGAAACAACCGAGUUAGCUACAAGUGAAUCAUUGACUUCUGAUGUAACAUCAAACAUUAUUUCUUCAUCAGGAACUAUAGCUUCUGGUCUUAGUACUCAAGCAGAAACAACUGAGUCAGCAACAAGUGAAUCACUGACCUCUGAUGUAACAUCAAAUGCUCUUUCUACACCACAAUCCACUAAUCCUAGUGUGAGUACAGGAGAAACAACUGAGUCAGUAACAAGUGAGUCUCUUACAUCUGAUGUAACAUCAAAUGCUAUUUCAACUUCGGGAUCCACUAUUCCUAGUGUGAGUACUGCAGGAGGAACAACUGAGUCAGCAAGUAAAUCUUUUAGUACUGAAGUAAUAUCAAAGUCAUUUUCAACUUCUGGAUUCACAACAUCGAGCACUGGAGCAGAAACAACCGAUUUAGCUUCAAGUGAAACAUUGACUACUGAAGUAACAUCAAAGGCUCUUUCUACAUCAGGAUUGACAACAUCUAGUCGCAGUACACGAGCAGAAACAACUGAGGUUGCAAUAAGUGAAUAUCUGACACCUGAAGUAACAUCAAAGGCCAUUUCUACAUCAGGAUUGACAACUUCUAGUCUUAGUACUCAAGCAGAAACAACUGGGUUUGCAACAAGUGAAUCACUGACAUCUGAUGUAACAUCAAACGCUAUUUCUUCAUCAGGAACUAUAACGUCUGGUCUUAGUACUCAAGCAGAAACAACUGAGUCAGCAACAAGUGAAUCUCUUACAUCUGAUGUAACAUCAAACACUAUUUCUUCAUCAGGAACUAUAACUUCUGGUCUUAGUACGCAAGCAGAAACAACUGAGUCAGCAACAAGUGAAUCUCUUACAUCUGAUGUAACAUCAAAUGCUAUUUCAACUUCGGGAUCCACUACUCCCAGUGUGAGUACUGCAGGAGGAACAACUGAGUCAGCAGCAAGUGAAACUUUUAGUACUGAAGUGACAUCAAAGUCAAUUUCAACUUCUGGAUUCACAACAUCAAGCACUGGAGCAGAAACAACCGAGUUAGCUACAAGUGAAUCAUUGACUUCUGAUGUAACAUCAAACAUUAUUUCUUCAUCAGGAACUAUAGCUUCUGGUCUUAGUACUCAAGCAGAAACAACUGAGUCAGCAACAAGUGAAUCACUGACCUCUGAUGUAACAUUAAAUGCAAUUUCUACUUUAGGAUUGACAACGCCUAAUCUUAGCACUGCAGCAGAAACAACUAAUUCAGCAACAAGUGAUUUCUUUACCUCUAGAGUAACCUCUAAUCUAAGCACUGAAGCAGAAACAACAGAGCCAGCAACGAGUGAAUCAUUGACUUCUGAAGUUACAUCAAAGGCAUUUUCAACUUCAGGAUCCUCAACUCGAAGUAUAAGUACAGAAGCAGAAACAACUGAGCCAGCUGCAAGUGAUUCAAUGACUUUUGAGGUCACUUCAAAGUCUCUUUCAACUUCAGGUUUGACAUCAUCCAUAUUGGGCACUAGAGCAGAAACGACUGAAUCAACUACAGUUGAAACAUCAACUUCUGAAUUAACAUCAAAGACUAUUGCUCCUUCAAGACUGACAACCUCUGAAUUGAACACUGGAGCAGAAUCCACUGAAUCAGUAACAACGCAAAGAUCCACACCCAUUGUCUCUUCAGCUGCUCCUUUGAUAUCAGAUGUUGCAACAAACAGACUCUCAACACAGGAAGAAUCAACUGAAAUGGGAACAACUGAUGGGAUCAGUACAAGUGGGAUUUCAACUGAAAGAUUCACAUCUAAUGUGAUUUCAAGUGCUCCUUUGACAUCAGAUGUUACCACCAGUAGGCUCACAAUAAUUGAAGAAUCAACUGAAUUGAUAACAACAGAUGAGUUCACUUCUGAUGUCACUUCAUCUGCUCCUUUGACAACAGAUGUUGUAACAAGUCGAUUCACAACUCCUGGAGAAUCAACUGAUUCAAGAACAACUGAAAUAUUCACCUCUGAUGUUACUUCGACAGCUCCUUUGUCAUCGUAUGUUACCACAAGAGGAUUCACAACUCCUGAAGAAUCUACUGAAUCAGGAUCAAAUGUAGGGUUUACAACUGGUGCAACUUCAACUGCAGCUUCUACACCAGUUAUCACUAACAGUGAUAUUGCAAUGCCUGGAGAAUCAACUGAGUCAGAGACAACAGAAAGAUUUACUUCGGAAAUCACUUCAACUCCUCCUUGGACAUCAGAUGUUGUGACCAGUGGAUUCACAACUUCAAAAGAAUCAACUAAGUCAAUGACAACUAAAAUGUUUACUUCAGAUGUCACAUCAGCCGCUCCUUUGACAUCAGAUUUUUCCACCAGAGGGUUUGCAACUCCGGAGGAAUCAAGUGAAUCAGGAAUGACUGAAAUAUUUACAUCUGAAGUUACUUCAUCUGCUCCUUUGACAUCAGAUAUCACUACAAGUGAUAUAACAACACCUGUAGAAUCAACUGAAUCUGGAAAAACUGUGGGGUUUACAACUGAUGUGACUUUAACUGCUCCUGUGACCUUAAGUGUUGCCACGAGUGGGUUCACAACACAGGACGAAUCAACUGAAUCAGGAACAACUGUGGGGUUUACAACUGGUGUAACUACACCUGCAGCUUCUGCACCAGUUGUCGCUACCAGCGGAAUAACAACACCUGUAGAGUCAACUGAAUCAGGGACAACUGAAAGGUUUACUUCUGAAGUUACCUUAACUGCUCCUUUGACAUCAGAUGUUGUGACUAGUGGAUUCAGAACUUCUGAAGAACCAACUGAUUCAGGAACAAUUAUGGGGUUUACAACUGAUGUGACUUCGAUUGCAGCCUCUGCACCAGUUAUUACUACCAGUGGAACGACAACACUUAUAGAGUCAACUGAAUCAGGGACAACUGAAAGUUUGACUUCUGCUGUCACUUCAACUGCUCCUUUGACAUCAGAAGUUGCCACUAGUGGGCUCAUAACGCAGAAAGAAUCAACUGAAUCAAGAACAACAGAAAUGCUCACCUCUGAAGUAACUUCAUCUGCUACUUUGACAUCAGAUAUUGUGACCAGUGAAUUCAGAACUUCUGAAGAAUCAACUGAAUCAGGAACAACUGUGGAGUUAACAAGUGAUGUCACUUCAACUGCUCCUUUGACAUCUGAAGUUGCCACUAGUGGGCUCGUAACACAGGAAGAAUCAACUGAAUCAAAAACAACAGAAAUGUUCACUUCUGAAGUAACGUCAUCUGCUAAUUUGAUAUCAGAUGUUGUGACCAGUGAGUUCACAACUCUGAGAGAGUCAACUAAAUCAGGAACAACUGAAAGGUUCUCCUCUGAUGUCACUUCAACUGCAGCUUCUACACCAGCAAUCACUACCAGUGGAAUUACAAUACCUGUAGAAUCCACUGAAUCAAGGACAACUGAAAGGCUUACCUCUGAUGUCACUUUAACUGCUCCUUUGACAUCAGAUGUUUUGACCAGUGGAUUCACAACUUCUGAAGAAUCAACUGAAUCGGGAACAACAGUAGGGAUUACAACUGGAGUAACUUCACCUGCAGCUUCUACACCAGUUAUCACUACCAGUGGAAUUACAACACCUGUAGAAUCCACUGAAUCAGGGACAACUGAAAUGUUUACCUCUGAUGUCACUUCAACUGCUCCAUUGACAUCUAAUGUUAUGACUAGUGGGUUCACAGCACAGGAAGAAUCAACUGAAUCAAUAACGAUGGAAAGAUUCACCUCUGAUUUCACUUCAACUGCAGCUUCUACACCAGUUAUCACUACCAGUGGAAUUACAACACCUGUAGAAUCCACUGAAUCAGGGACAACUGAAAGGCAUACCUCUGAUGUCACUUCAACUGCUCCAUUGACAUCUGAUGUUAUUACCAGUGGGUUCACAACACAGGAAGAGUCAACUAAAUCCAAAACAACGGAAAGGUUCACCUCUGAUAUCACUUCAACUGCAGCUUCUACACCAGUUAUCACUACCAGUGGAAUUACAACACCUGUAGAAUCCACUGAGUCAGGAACAAUUGAAGGAUUUACCUCUGAUGUCACCUCAACUGUUCCUUUUACAUCAGAAGUUGCCACUAGUAGGCUGGUAACACAGGAAGAAUCAACUGAAUCAAUAACAACAGAAAUGUUCACCUCUGAAGUAAAUUCAUCUGCUACUUUGACAUCAGAUGAUCUAACCAGUGAGUUCACAACUCUAAGAGAGUCAACUGAAUCAGGAACAACUGAAAGAUUCACCUCUGAUGUCACUUCAACAGCUUCUUUGACAUCUGAUGUUAUUACCAGUGGGUUCACAACACAGGAAGAGUCAACUAAAUCCAAAACAACGGAAAGGUUCACCUCUGAUAUCACUUCAACUGCAGCUUCUACACCAGUUAUCACUACCAGUGGAAUUACAACACCUGUAGAAUCCACUGAGUCAGGAACAAUUGAAGGAUUUACCUCUGAUGUCACCUCAACUGUUCCUUUUACAUCAGAAGUUGCCACUAGUAGGCUGGUAACACAGGAAGAAUCAACUGAAUCAAUAACAACAGAAAUGUUCACCUCUGAAGUAAAUUCAUCUGCUACUUUGACAUCAGAUGAUCCAACCAAUUCACCUCUGAUGUCACUUCAACAUCUUCUUUGA